CUGACAACAAUGAGGUAGUUCCGGAUUUCGCCCGAGUCACGUGACUGUUGUGUUGACAUUGUAUGGCCUCAUUGAUUUCAUAAAAUGGGCAGGCAUUGUGCUGCAUUUGGUUGCUCUAAUAACGACACAAAAAUGAAAGAAGAUGUAUCUUUUCAUUGCUUCCCGAUUAAUGAUCCAGAAACUCUCAAGCAUUGAUCGCAGAUAACUGAAAAAAGGUGUUAUAUUAACUCAAUAUUUUCCUUCAUGAAGCCCAAAGUUAAAAGAGCCAAGUCAUCCUACAGUUUUAGCGCAUCAGUCACAGAACCACAAAGAGAAGUAGGACCAUUCUCAUGUGAUAGAGAGGUGCAAACAGAGCUAAGCACAGAAGACAUAUAGAUGCACUCUUUUUAAAGAUUAAAAAACUACAGGACAAUAUUAGUGAAGUUGAGUUAUUGUUAAAAGAUCAUGUAUUUUCCUUUUGCAAAUUUGAAACUGCAACUGUAAAAUAUAUUACAGGGUUUUCAAAAGAAUAUGUUAUAAUACUUUUUGAUUUUUUUCAGUUAGAAGAAGCAGUUGAAUCCAAGACAAAAGUUGCUAGUCUCUCAAAGAUAAAUCAAUUUUUUUUUAUUUUUGCUUAGAUUGAGACAUUGACAAUAAGAAAUUUGUUGGCCAUGUUUGUAUAGCAUUUUCAAUAAAUUGGUAACAAUUCUUUAUGACAAAGCUAAUUAAGUCAAUAUUUGUCCGUCCCGAGAACAAAUUAAAGCCUUCAUGCCACCUGCUUUUCAAAAAAAAUUUCCGCCUUGCAGAGUUAUCAUUGAUACAACUGGAUUUUAUAUCACAGCAAGCAAGUUUUAGCACAUAUAAACACCACAAUACACUCAAGUCUUUGAUAGGAAUAGCUCCUAAUGGAGCACUUUCUUUUAUUUCUGACCUUUGGAUGGGUAGCAUUUUUGAUAAAGAAAUAACAUUACGAAGUGGCAUUUUGGAUAUGUUAGAGGAAGAAGAUACUGUUUUAGCUGACAGGGGAUUUACAGUUUUGGAACCAGAAUUCCAUAAGCGAAAAUUAUCUCUUUUUACACCUUUCUUUUUAAAGGAUAAAAUUCAAUUUCCUAUUGAUGAAAGAAGUGAGAACAAAAAAGUAUCCUCACACUGUUGUCAUGUUGAGCGAGCAAUAGGUCGAAAAAAAAAAAUUUAAAUACUAGACAACACUAUUCCAUGCUCACUUAAAAAUUGAGAAGAAAUAUAUUUUGUUUGUGCAUUUCUGUGCAAUUUUACUGAAAAUCCUCUGAUAUGUUCAAGUAAUUUAUCUUUGUGAUUUGAAGACAUAUGAACAUCAAGUAUAAUGUUAUCUACUAAUUAAAGAACUUUUAUAAGUGUGUAAAUAAAUAGAAAUUUAUUAAAAAAGAAUUUAUAGCAAUGUGUAAAUUUGUUUUUGUCUGCCUUUGUAUGUUUCAUUGAACUUUUUUCAAAUUUAAUGUGUAAAACAUGUGACAAACAUUGUUCAAGUAAUUUAUCUUUUUGAUUUGAAGAGAUAUGAACAUCAAGUGUAAUGUCAUCUACUAAUGAAUAAAAGAACACAGUUAUAAGUAUGUAAAUAAAUAGACAUUUAUUAAAAAAGAAUUUAUAGCAAUGUGUAAAUUUUUUUUUGUCUGCCUUUGUAUGUUUCAUUGAACUUUUUACAAAUUUAAUGUGUAAAACAUGAGACAAACAUUGAUAUCAGCUACUAGUAUGAUGAAAAAAAAACAGUUAACAUCUACUCUUUCUUGUCUGACAUUUUCACAAGCAUUGGUAGAUAUAUUGAAAAAUAAAAAUCUGACAAUUUGAGAAAUUUCUUCUCCUAGAAUUCUAAAUCAAUAGGUGUAGGUUCUAGGAAAAGAGGUUCACAGAAGUCAAAAAAUAAACAAAACAAACAUUUUGUAAGAUUUGAACAAAAAAGCUGACACUGAAUCUGGUAAUAGUAUUUAUGGGUUCGUUUUAACCUACAUUGGCAAUGUAUUUGUACAAAUUUGUCCUAGCAUAUGGGACGAGGAAUGUGCCUUUAUUUUUGUGUCUUUCAGAGUAUUUUAUUAAAUUUUGUAUUUCAAGAUUAUGGUUCAAUGUUUUAUGUAUAAUUGCUACUUUACUUUUGAGUCUUCUGUUUUGAAGGCUUUCUAAAUUUAGUGAUUUUACUGCUCUAUUUUGUGUCUGUUCCAGUUUCUUAAUGUUUUCUUGAGUUGAGGGGUCCCAAACAGAGGAUGCAUAUUCUAUUAUUGGCCUAACCAAGGUUAAAUAACAUUUUAGUUUUAUGUUCUUAUUUGAUUUAUAGAAAUUUCUUUUAAUAAACCCUAAUGCUUUGUUUGAUUUUUUUUAUAGUUUCAUCAAUAUGUGGAUUCUAUGACAGUUUUUCAUUUAUUAUAACACCUAGGUGUUUUGCGUUUUUAGUCUGUGUUACUAGUUUGCCAUGAAUAAGAUAAGUGGAAUUAAUUUGUUAUAGUUUUUUUGUUACUCUUAACAACUGACAUUUUUCUGGGUGGAAAGACAUGCUCCAAUUUGAUUCCCAUUUCUGUUAUUCAUCUCUUUUUGUAAAAUAUCAGUGUCUUGUGUUGUUUUUAUUGUUCUAUAUAUUAUACAAUCGUCUGCAAAUAAUCUGACUUUUGUUCCUGAAGUAAUGCAAUUUGGUAUUUUGCAAAUAUUGUUAUUAUUAAAUUUUUCUGAGGAUUUUUCUUCCUCCAUUGCACAAUCUUAAUUCUUGAAACAGAAAUAUAUAAAGUCAUUGCCCAUCUGUGGUCAUGAAAAGAGUUAUUUGUUUAGGAUAAAAAGCAUUAAUUUAAAAAUGUUUGUUUUGUAAAAUGUUUUACAUGUUUCGGAUGUUCCUUCAGAGUUGAAGAUAGUUUACUCCCGCAGGACGACGGGUGAUGGGAGCGGGCAGGAUUUGAACCCUCGACCAUCGAUAAAUCCGAACGACAGUCCAGCGCGCAAACCUCACGACCAGGCAGCCAUCCUUUAGCUCUAGAUAUAUCAAUAACAUUUACUUUUUCUCAGUCUACUUUUUUUUGUGUGUAAAAUAUUAAGAAAACAACAAACAAUAAUAUGUAAAAAUAAAAUUUUAUUGGACAAAAUGUAUAAACUUUUAUAUUUUAUGUAAUAUUGAAUAUGGUUAUUAUAUGAAAAAAUUAUUUUGUCUGAAAAAAAUUGAAAUGAAAAUCACUUGUUUUAAUUCUUCACGACCUUUAUAGUUAUAUUUGCUGCUAAAAGAGUUCACCUUAUUCUUUGACAACCUGUUACUGUUAGCAGAUAUUUAUUGAGUAAAAAUUAAUUUCAAACUGAUAGCCUUUGUCAGCCAACUAACCAACCACUCAUUCACUGUCACCCUUAAUCAUUAAUUUGUAAAAAUAAACAUCAAUACAUUUCUGAUGUCUGCAUGGAUUUUUAGAAGUAAUGUAAAGGUACCACUUUGGAAUAUGUCGUGUCAGAUGAUGUAAAGCACAUCUCUUUCUAUGGCCAGUGGUUAACCUGGGUGUUAUGUAGCCAGCACAACAAAGAAUUGUCUUUACUUCCCUAACGUAUGUCAGGUGCCCAUUCUAGUUAGGUGGGCUCAAUGACAUCCUAAAUAUCCUGAGGUUCAAAAUUCCAGCAAUCAAAAUUGAGACCCUUUGGUUUGGAGGCCAAGUGCUUUACCUUUCAGCCACCGGGGCCCCACAUGGAUCUUUAAACUAUGCUAAUUAUUAAACUUUGUUUUAUCUUAGACAUGGAAAAACACAUUAUAGAAACUUUAGUGUAUAGACAUCAUGUCAUUCUAUCAGAAAUAAACUUAAGUUUGAUGCUACAAAGAGUUUUCUAUAUAUAUAUAUGUCAAUCUCCAUUGAAAGUGACUUCAGGUUAGACCACUCCUUGAACUACCUCACUGAUAUUUGUAGUUGUCUCCCUUGUCCCGCCUCCCUUUCCCCAGCCAAGCAGUCACUUAGUACACCCAAACAUAACACUCUCUCCAAUGUUAUAUUUAUAGAUCUUUUUUCUCAUUCCUAUCCAAGGUGUAGUGUUAUCAAAAUGAAAAAAAAAAAACAUUGAGUGUUAAGCCGGGGUCAAAGUCUAGUCUGAUAUCAAAGUUCAUGCUAGGUGUGUGAAACUGUUUAAAUAUGGACCUAGACAGUGCUAUAGUAACUUUAGAACAAAUUCAAGAGACCUAUAAAUAUUUACGAGCUCAGCGUGACGUCCUGCACACACCAACAUUACUUCAUGUCCAAAGUUUAUUUCCCGAAUUACAUCAAAGUACAAAUAUAACAGAAAGUACAGAUGAUACAAAGUCUUCUGUGAAGAGAAACAGCCUACUGGAUACUGACCUGUAUAUAAAGCUGGAAAGUAUGCAAACAACAGGUUCAUUUAAAAUUCGAGGAGUUCUGAAUCAAAUGCGGAAGGUUCAGGAAAGACAUGGAAAACAAGCCAAACUUGUAACAAUGUCAGCUGGGAAUUAUGGCAAAUCAUUUGCGUAUGCCUCGCGCCACUCAAAAACCAAAGCCAUUUGUGUGAUGCCUCAUACAGCUCUAGAGAAUAAGGUCAAGUACAUAGAGAAAAUGGGUGUUGAAGUUAGAAAGACCUUGACCUGUGAACUUCAGUCAGAAGUAGACAGACUUGUUGCCGAAGAAGGUUUUGUUUUCUGUCAUCCAUUUGAUGAUGUUGACCUCAUAGCUGGCUACUCUAGCUCAGCACUAGAACUUCUUGAAGAUGUUCCAGAUCCAGAUGUUGUGGUUGUUAAUUGUGGUGGUGGAGGACUGGUGUCAGGUGUUGCUGCAGGCAUCUCUCUAUCUGGUGGUAAAGAUUGCAAAGUGUAUGCAGUGGAACCUGAAGGAGCUCCUACUAUGUAUGAAAGUUUUAAGGAAAGAAGGCCAGUCACUCUUUCAGAUGUCAAAUCUGUUGCUUCUGGGUUAGCUCCUCCUUAUGCAGGUACUAUCUGCUACAGACAUUGUCGUUGGUUUGUGGAAGACAUACUGCUAGUAUCUGAUGAAGAGAUCUUACAGACCAUGAGGCUACUUUUCCAAAGAGGAAUAAUAGCGGAGCCUUCAGGCUGUGCUGCUUUGGCCGCCGUCUUGGCUGGGAAAGUUCCAAACAUUGCAGGGAAGAAAGUAGUUGUGUACAUAAGUGGGGGCAAUAUUUCUUGUGCAGAGCUACAGAAACUGAUUCCAGAGGAUCAAUGAACAUAGCCUAGGAUUGAUUGUAGUGUGUCAAGUGUUUUGGGAUAUUGUUCUAACAUUCUAGUUUCAGAUCUGUUUUAAAAACUACCAUUGGACUCUAUUGAAAAAUGUUAUUGCCUGAUGUUUUGUAUUUAAUGUAGUAUAAUAAAUAAGUUAAAUUAAUAUUGUAGAAUGAUUCAUUACAAAUAUUGAAAAGUGAUUUAUAUUGAUUGCAAUGCUGUGAUUAUGGUGCUAGAAGAUUUUUUUUAUUCAUACAAUGAUUAUGUUGACUAUUCUCAGGGAACACAUUUCUUUAUAUAAACCAUGUUGUGUAUGCAAUAAAAUGGUAAUGUUAACAUA